AAUUCAUAAUGUCAUAAACUAUGCUAUUGUCUAAGUGAAUCAUACAGAAUUAUUAUUUUCAUACAUAUUUUAUUUUGUUAAAUCAUUAUCAGAAUUCAUAUCAUUCACCACCCGACCAAACGUAAAAGUUCGAAAUUUUACUCAUAUCAAUUAGCUUGCUCUCUUUCUAUCUUUAAUAUCAUUUACUUCUCAACUCUUGCCACACGAUACUAAAUCGAACCCAAGCCAAUUACUGCCAACUAGAUUACUCCUGAACUGAUAAGUAGGCACCACAGAAUGGUAGGCACGUUCAAGCAAACUGCAUAAUUUAAUUUCGAAGCUCAAUGCAUCCCUUGUUAUCUGAUAUUGUGAAAUUCCAUGGGUGGUGAUGGUGGUUACAUUGAAUCAGGUUAGGUUUUUACAUUAAACACAUACAAUUAAUAUAACUUCAAAUACAAUGGAAGAAUUAGAAGGCUGGGAAGAAUUAUCAAACAUAUCACCAGAUCCACCGGAUAUGCGUGAUAUAUGUAAAGAGUGCGAGAGGCCUUCAGCUGUGUGCUGGUGCACAGCUCUACCACCACACAGACUUAAACCUCUUAGCACAGUCAUACUUUUACAACACCCUGCAGAAGAAAAAAGGUCUUUGCGCACAGCUCCUAUGCUAAAACUUGGUUUAGAUAAUGAUAAGUGUCUUAUAUAUAGGGGAAAGAAGUUUCCUCAGUCUAAGCAUGAAAAUUUAGAAAAAAUAUUACUUCAAGAAAACACUGUCCUUUUAUACCCAAGUAAAACAUCCAUCAAUAUUAAAGACUUGCCUAAAAGUGAUGUGAAAAGUUACAAUUUAGUUAUCAUUGAUGGAACAUGGCCACAAGCUAAGGCUAUAUAUGCCUCAAGUCCAAUACUCCAUUCAAUUAAACAAGUAAAACUUAUUACUACUAAUGUUAGCAAUUAUAUUAUAAGAACGCAACCUACAGAAGGCUGUUUGAGUACACUUGAAACAGCUGCAGAGGCAUUAUCACAGUUAGAAAAUAAUAAUAUUUAUAGUGAACUGUUAAUAGAACCUCUGCAUAUGCUGUGCAAAUUUCAGUUAGAAAAUGGAGCAGUAACGCAUCAAUCAAAGGAGUUCUUGUUAAAAACUAGGACAUACCCUAAAUUAAUUGGCAAAAGACUGUCAAAGCUGUUAAGACAAACAGAAACAGAUUUAUUGAGUGUUAAUAAAACUUGACUGCAUAUUUUUUUGUUAUAACUUGCUUACAAAUUAAUUUCUUUGAUAUUAGUUUAUAUUUAAAACUGUAGGUUAAAAUAAAAGUUUUAUUUAUACAUGUCCAUCGUUGCAAAAUUUUGUGCUUUUUUUCUCUAUAUAACUUAUUAUAGUAGUCUAUAUAUAUAAUCAAAAUGGUUUUGUUUGAGGCUCAAUCACACCUAAACAAAUGAUCGUAUUGAAAUGAAACUACCACUAAUCAAUGCUAAAUUUAUCCUAGAUGGUUUCUGGCUAUUUUUCGAAUUCCAAAGAUCCUUUCUUUUAAAAUUUAACCAUCAAAAUGGGCGGGAACGGCUAGUUUUAUAUAAUUGUUAAAAAUUAACUUUAUUACAUAGGUACAUACUACAAAUUCAAUUCUUAAUUAAUUGAAAAUUUAUACUUUGUACUAAUUUAAUAUUUCUAGUAAAAUUGUAUAUUAUGUUGUAAAAUUUUAGUAUUUGGUUUGAAGCAGUGAAAAAUAUCUUUGUACAAUCUAUGUAGUUUGGCCACAGGCCAUCCAUAUUUUUUCUAAUGCCACAAUAAGUUGUAAUAGAAAUAAGAAUAAUAUAAAAAUAUAUCUAUUUUUAAAGA